AGAAGAAGGGAGGGUUCUCGCUGCCGCUUCGUCCUUGCAUUUGCGUGAGAGCGCUUGUGAGCGGGGGAGGCCAUGGCGGAUCCGGACGCCGACGAGAACCCGGACUUGUGGGAGCUCUUCUGCCACUACGACCGGCUCUACUUCCGCGGCGAGCUCGACGCCGCCGCCUUCGCCGUCGAGUGGGCCUACCCGCGCACGAGGACCACCACUUGCUUCGGGUCCUGUUCCUUUGGAGACCUGAGCAAAAUAAUACUCUAUGAGCCAAUGCUGCGAUGGCGCACAAAUGCUGAUAUGAAGAACGCCCUGCUGCAUCUGAUGAUUCAUGCAAUCAUAUUUGUAAAGCAUGGUAUGAAGAACCUCGGCCAUGGUCCUGUUUUCCGUGAUUGGAUGGAUGCUAUCAACACUUGCACCGCUGAGGAUCACAUGAGACCGACAGGUGGCUACCGUAUCACCACUACCCAUGAUUUCAGUGAGGAAAAAUCCUGCAACAUCCAGGGGAUUCCGUGGCAGUGUGAAUGGUGUGGCGUUACACUUCUGAGGGCAACGAAUUUGGGACCUCCAUCUGAUUCCUGCUGUAUCGAGAAUGUUAGCGAAGAUGCAACCUGUGGCAACAUGCUUUGCCAGUGGCACAACCACAAGAUGGAUUGUGGUGGUACAUAUGUGGUAACCAAACCACGAGGGCAAAGGAUGGUUCGAAAAGGUGGAGAGUUGCUUCUUCGGACUGGAACAACUGAAAUGACCAAGUCACAAGGAGCUGUACAACAAUCAGAUUCAGAUGAAGUGCAGAAAGCAAUUGUUUUGUCUGCAGCCCCUCGGAGUCGGAGAAGAUUGAAGCCGAAGCAAGAGUUUGUUGCAUGGGAGAAUAUUGAACUUUUGUCUAUGGGGAGUCGCAGUAAUGCAAAAUCAGUGGGUAGUAGCUCCUCAAAGAAGGCAGAGGAUGUCCUUUCGAGCCAACUGAAACGGAAGCAAACAGCUGUUACAGCAGAGAAGCAUGGGUUUCUUUCAUUAGGGAGUUGCGACAAUGCAAUAUCGUCAGGAAGUAACGCCUCCAGGAAGACGGGAAAGUUGCAUGAGCCAGACGAUGUUAAGCCUUAUGCAUCCCAGAAAAAAUUGAAGUUAGUGCAGGACUUGGCCGCAUCGGAGAAAUAUGGAGCUUUCUCUCUAGGGACUUGCAACAGUGCAAAACCACCACGAAGCAGCACGUCCAGGAAUGCAGAGAAGUGGUGCAAAUCCGAGGGUGUUGAGAAAUCCACUGUCCUGCGGCCUCCUGCGCCCCCUCAGAAAAUGAAGCUUGAGCAAGACUCCGUUACAUUCCAGAAACAUGGGGUUGCAAAACCAUCAAAAAGUAUCACCCCAGACAGAGUUGGCAAGCUGCAUAAGCCGGAUGUUGUUGAGAACUCCGGUGUCCCGCCUUCCACGCCCCUAAAAAAACUGAAGCUAGAGAAGGACCCGGUUGCAUCUGAGAAACAUGGGGUGGCAACAUCAAGAAGCCUACCUGCUGCACCUCUCACAAAGCUGAAGCCAGACUUGGUUGCAUCGGAGAAGAGUUUUGGUUGCGGCAAUGCAAAAGUACCGGACAACAUCUCCUCACAGAUGGCACACAAGAAACUUGAGCAUGGAGGGGCUCAGAAGCACAUUUCUCUGCAUGCUGCCCCUCAAACUAUGCUGAAGCAACCGAACAAAACCAGCUCCACAGUGAAGGCACCAAAGCAACAUACGUUUGAAGACUUUCGGAAAGCAACUGUUCAGCCUGCCGUCCCUCACAGUAAACUGAAGCAAUCAAACCGUGCUGCAUCGGAGAGGCAAAAGACAAGGAGCAAAACCAAGAGUUGUGCUGCGAAAAAAGAGUAUGUUUGCUUUAGUCUGUGGCAGAACUUCUAUGAACCGGAAUGCUCGAGUGGAUCGGACGAGCCGCUUGUAAACAAGAGAAGUGUGCAGAGAAAAAGAGAGAGGGAACGCGCAGUUCAGAUCACAUACUCACGGUCAAGGAAGCGAGGCACCAGUGGGAUCAGCUCCAUCAAGGCCAAAGUGGAUGAGGAAAUCCCAUCUGGACACUUGGAGAUCAUUGUUAUCGAUGACGAGGUGAUGACUGAAGCCCCUGGAGAACAGUGCAAGGCACCAGCUCCAUGCAUGAACGUUCCUGUCGUCCCGCCCACUGAUCAGGUGAAGGCUGAAGCCCCUAGAGGUCAGUCCAAGCCACCAGUUCCAUCCAAGGACGUUCCUGCUGUCCCUCCCGCUGAUCAGGUGAUGAUUGAAGCCCCUAGAGGUAUGUCCAAGACACCAACUCCAUCCAAGGACGUUCCUGCUGUCCCUCCCACAGAUCAGGUGAUGACUGAAGCCCCUAGAGGUUUGUCCAAGACACCAACUCCAUCCAAGGACGUUGCUGCUGUCCCUCCCACAGAUCAGGUGAUGACUGAAGCCCCUGGAGGUUUGUCCAAGACACCAGCUCCAUCCAAGGACGUUCCUGCUGUCCCUCCCACUGAUCAGGUGAUGACUGAAACCCCUAGAGGCCAGUCCCAGCCAGCAGCACAGCGCAUGGACACUGCCGUCCCUCCUGCGGACCACGGAGAUCGGUCCAAUCCAUCUACGAUCAUGGACAUUGCUGCUGUGCCUCCAGCUAUGACCCAAGCCCCUAUGGAUCAGUCACAGCCACCAGCUCCUUGCUCCAUCACCGCUGAUCAGGUGGUUCCACCUCCUUCGGCCGACCUGCCUGGUUUACCUCCUUCAAAUCCAAGCAGUUGGGCUGGCGUGAUAGACAUUUCUGAUGAUGAUGAUGAUGACGACGACGACGACGAAUGAACUCCUUUUCCGUCACUCUAUACUCUCCUUAUUCUGGAUUAAACUGCUGGUCAGUGCUUACCAUAGAUAGGUACUAGUAACUUAUCAACUGUCGUUCCAUUAAAUUCUGCUGUGGAGGCAUAGAGCUCUGAUCUGAACGGCGAAACAUCCUCCUAUAGAUGACUUUAGUAUUUUGUGAGACGGUGGCUUGGGCAUGGCGAACUGAAGCAUGGAGUUAGCUGCACUAUAGUGCUGAAGCAUGCGCUAUAGGAGUAAUAUUUUGUGAGACGGUGGCCUGGGCAUGGUGAACUGAAGCAUGGAGAUAGUUGAGACUUGUUGUACUCGCUGGAUCAUUUGCGCCAUGUCGUCAAUCAUUCUUCUUGCUUCGAGAAAAUCUCAGUGUCUAAUACUGCAUGACGAGCAUGGGAACGGAAGGGUGAAGAGAAACGGAGAGAAUGCGGACUGAACAUGCUCGCUGAUAUACGUACUUCUCAGUCGGAACCAUGGUAUGGAAGCUCUGGAAGUUACCUUACGGUGGUGCUGUAUUUUAUUUUAUUUUUGAAACGUGGCAAAAGAUUUGCUAUUUUUA